AUGGUGCAGACACUUGCGAUGAAUGAAGCGACGCUCGUCGAGGGCAUGUUUGUUGCUGAGGACUUGAGUAACCUGAAUGCAGAUGCUAAUUGGUGGCAUCAACGAGUUCGGUUAGUUGAGCACUGGCUACGUGAUGAGACAAGUCGAGUUAUCAUUCCUGACGAUGGAACAGAAGAGAUGAUUCGGAGGCACAUUCAACGAGGGGAUUCGCACCCACGAGCUCAGUGCAAGUGUUGGAGGCAUAUUGUGAUGGAGCUCCGAGAUCUCCCCUGCUUCGCGGGAAUUAUUGUACAGACAAAAGCUCGCGAUGCAACGCUAACGAGUCCUAGUCGCGGGAAGCUGCGACCUGGGAAGAACUUGAUUGUCCUCUCCGAUGAGAAGAACAGCGAAAUCAGCAGCAAUGCGAGCACUCAUGGUGCCGAUUUCGACAGCAACAACGCGUCGUCUUGGUCCGUCGAAGCUUUGAACCCCGAAAUCGAACUUCCUGUAGUGGCAAAGAGACCUCGACCUCUGUCGAGCGCAGGGUACUUGUCACGUCGAGAACUCGGUAAGGAGACGGCUGCGAUCGCUAAAAAGUUCGCUGAAAUGUCUUUACUGGAGCGGCAGAUGGAGUGGCUUAAGAAAAAACAGGAUAAAAUGGAAGCUGAACGUCAGCGACAGACACAAGAGUACGAGCGAGAACUCACGUUUCAGCCCAAGCUAAUCCGCCGUAUCACAUACUCGGGAGAUAAAUACUUUAGGGACACGCUCACGCCUCCUUCCAGUAGCAGAUCUUUCACGCGAAGUGAGAGUAGUCGACGUGUAGGAGAAAGUGGAUCAACUCUCUUGAAGGAGAAACCUCUUCCGAAAGUGCCGCGACUAUCUCAUCAUCGACGACAAAAGAAAAAGACAGCACUGCAGAGUGCAUCCAUCUCUCAACCUGUAGGAGUGUCUUGCAAGCUCUUGGACAACAUGAAGUCGGAGCUGCAAGCAUCUCUAGCUACUAAAGCCGAAGUAGCUGAAGAAGAAGAAAAGCCUUUAGAAAAUCUACCUGCUUGGAGUGCAAAGCCGACAAUUGGAGGCAGACGCGCAGAUUUCGACUCGAGCGAGACAAAAGUGAGGUUAAUACUACAAGACGCAUCCAAGUUCGAGCUCAGUACGAUGUACCGCAAGACAGAUCGCAGAGCAGGAAGAGAUGGAGUCGCUUUGCAUGUGGGUCGGAGAGAAGACACGCUGGAGGAACAAGUGAUCGCUGUGCUUUUCGAUCGAGAAAAAGUGACCGAGGUGGAGGCAGAGCGCUGGUGGGAGAAUCACCAUCAUCGCUUCGUCCAGUUCAUCGAGCCUCCGCAGUCAAGAGAGGAAUGA